AUGGUGAUGCGCCCCUCAAAUUGUGAAGCUGAUCGAAGUUAUCCGGUUCUGCAUUACGUGUAUGGCGGCCCCGGAAUUCAGUUGGUACGAAAUGACUACAGCACGUGGAUUCCUUUCCAAAAGUACACGAAGCUCGGGUUUGUUGUUGUGAUGUUGGAUGGUCGUGGAUCAAGUAAUCGAGGAACUGAUUUCGAAUUUCCCAUUUUUGGCAGACUUGGACAAUGCGAAGUUGAGGACCAGGUUGAGGGUUUGAGAGAGGUUGCGCAACUCAUGGAUGGAAUGUUGGACCUGUCCAGAGUCGUAGUGCAAGGUUGGAGCUACGGUGGCUACAUGUCGCUACUCGCGUUAGCCAAGUUUCCCAAUGUAUUUCGCGCUGCUAUAGCUGGCGGGGCCGUGACAGAUUGGAAGCUGUACGAUACAGCUUACACAGAAAGAUACCUUGGUUACGGUACCGAUAGAGAUCCCUUCUAUGACGAGUCAUCUGUAAUUAAGCACGUUGAGAAAUUACCAGAUCACAGAAACAUCAUCGAGCAUCUCAUACAGAGCCGAGAAAACCAUAUCAGCUGGCAGUUAUUCCCGUCUGAGCGGCACGGCAUUCGAUCGUCGGACGGCGCCGCUCAUUUAGAUGCCAGCAUGCUGAAUUUCAUCCAACAAGCCCUCAAGGACUAA